AUGGCCAUCACACAUUAUCCUGUUAUCUUCACGAAGCCUUCCGAUGCGCUUGCUGGCCCGUUCGAAGACAUACUUAUCCACCCUGAGUGCAAGUGGAUGGACUACGAGGCUGAGCUGUGCUUCGUCAUCGGAAAAGACUGCAAGAAUGUGUCAGAGAGUGAAGACGCCAUGCAAUACGUCCUCGGCUAUACCGCAGGCAACGACGUAUCUUCGCGGUACUGGCAAGCUUCGGAAAGAUCAGGCAACCAGCAUGGCAGCGCAAAGUCGUUUCACAAGUUUGCGCCUAUCGGUCCUGUCAUCACCUCACCGGGUGUCAUUCGCAACCCUCACAAGUUGGCUAUCAAGUCUUUCGUCAAUGGUCAAGUAAGACAGCAGGCUUGUACGGAUGAUCUUAUUUACGAUAUUCCAGCUAUCCUCAGACAUAUUAGCAGAGGAACUACCCUUCGCAAGGGGACAGUGGUAAUGACUGGUACACCAAGUGGUGUUGCAGCUUUCAUGAAGCCUCCUGCUUGGCUGGAGGAUGGUGAUGUGGUGGAGGUUGAGGUUGAGAAGAUUGGGAGACUGAGAAACAAGAUGGUCAUUGAGAAGUAG